AGUGCUCAGUGUCAGAUGCUCCUAUUUAAAGCUUCAAAUCUUUCUGGGAAGGCCUCCACUAGAAACCACAACUGAAUCUAAGUUAUGUAAAGCUACUAUUGAAAUACAGCAUCGGGAUCGCCGCCUGUUAAUUCUUAAACUGGUAGAAUGAAUGUCUUCAUAAUACUGUUGUGGACGUGUGUGGUCUCUGGGGACCACUUCACAGCUCCUGAUGGCUCCUUGGUGUUCUUCCCGUCCCCUGAGGAGAACCGGUUGUCUGGCCCCAUCUUCUCUCCUCCCCAAGGUCCUCUUCCUUCAGGACAAAGCCUUCCACAAUCUUCCCAAGACUUGAGAAGGUUUCAAACGCCUUUUGUUCCUUCUAACGCCCCGCAGGUCCCUCGAGCUGCACAACCUUCCCUCCAAUUCAACUCCUGGGGUGCCAAUUCAACAAUUCAGAUUCACAUAGUGUCUCCGCCCCAACCACAACCCCAGCCUUCCUUUGCGUCUCUUCCCCAGCCCUCCUCACAACCCCAGUUAAGCUUCGUGUCUCUGCCUUCCUCACCCCAGCCUCCCUUCGUGCCCCAGUCCCUUCCCCAGCCUUCCUUCGUGUCUCAGCCCCAACCUCUCCCACAACCUCAGCCUUCCUUUGCGUCUCUGCCCCAGCCUCUCCAACCCCAAUUAAGCUUCGUGUCUCAGCCUUCCUCGCCCCAACUCACACAACCCCAGCUUCCCUUCAUCUACCAGCCUCUACCACAAGCCCAGCCAGCCUUGGUCUCUCAACCAUCCAGGCCACAGCCACCUCCACAGAACCCUUCCUGUGGAGGGUCCGGUGGUAUAAUACACGAAACGAGGGCUGGUAAGAACUACCACUUCUCAUGGUGCGUGAAUACCAAUACCUACAGCUGGGAUCAAGCCAACUCUUACUGCUCGCGUCUUGGCAGAGGCUUCCAGCUAGUUAGUAUCCAAGACAAGGAUAAGGACGACUUCAUAACUAGCGUCAUCGCCAGAAAUCCGAUCCAGUUCAUCUGGACAAGCGGGAACAAGCGAGGAACAACGACCUGGAGGUGGUCAUCCGGGUACACUUUGUCCUACACCAACUGGUCUCACACUGGAGGACUGGGGCGACCACAGCCAGACAACAGGGAAGGCAACGAGGACUGUCUCGGGGUACUGAAGAACAUCUAUAACGACGGCAUUAAGUGGCACGACAUUGCCUGUCACCACGUCAAGGCUGUCGUCUGUGAGACAAGCCUUUGAACAUCACGACACUCCUCCACUUCAAAUAAUGUUACUGAAUAUUUACGCUAUUAUUUGUAUAAAAAUAUUUACCAAAUAUAUUGCUAGAUACCCGAGGGUUUAGUUCCUACACACGCCUGUCUUGAAUCAUCAUAGCAUGUAAUGAUCUUGUCUCGAUGGUGAAACUUGAAUGACUUCCAUGAUGUACUAGUUUUCCAAAAAUACAUAUUCUAACUACCUCUG